AUGAUCUCCUUCAAGCAAUUGCCGCUUGAAGCAAAGGCUGCAGUGGCUGCUGGAGUUGUCUUCUUCUCCAUGAUGAUAUCCCGGACCUUCCUGGCAGAGCAACUUGAGUUCGGUACACAGAGGUGGCUGCGGAGAUUACAGAUGGCACUGUUUGUUAAUGCGCUGAUGCUCAUAGGUUCUCUUUACAUCUGGAGAUGUAUAGUGACCACAUUCUACAGGCUUUCAGCUGCUUACUCCUAUUGUUUCCUGUCAUGGAAAAUAGCUGUGCUAACGUUUCUAGCUUUGGCACACUCAAGCUUUUUUACAUUGCUGUUUCUUGUUGCAGAAGAGCCCUAUUUCUUUUCCUUAGUUUCUUACACAUGUCUAGGAGCCUAUAUAAUCCUUAUUUUCUUUCUCUUCACUCUGGGCUCUGUAGAGCAAGUUUAUAAACUCUUGGUCAGCAGAGGUGCUAGGACAAGUGUUAUCAAUAAGAGUAGUAAAACUGUGAUGAAACCUGUUUUGGUUGUUAUGGUGACAGUUGCUCUGACUGCUGUUGGGUUGUUGAAUGCCUCCCAGCCUCCUGCAGUGACCUCAGUGGUGAUUCCUGUUCACAAACUGCCUUUGUCCAUGGAUGGCCUGAAGGUGGUGUUGCUAUCAGAUAUCCACCUGGGACCCACUGUAGGGAAGACUAAACUUGCAAUGGUUGUGCAGAUGGUCAAAGCUUUAAAACCUGAUAUCACUGUGAUUGUAGGUGAUCUGUCAGAUUCUGAAGUGAUGGCCAUCCGACCUGCUGUUGAACCUCUUAGUGAGCUUAAUUCCCCAUUGGGAACUUACUUUGUCACUGGAAACCACGAGUAUUAUACUUCUGAUGUCAACAGCUGGUUUGAAUUACUGAAGUCAUUUAACAUUCAUCCACUCCACAAUGAGAAUGUGAAGAUCUCUUCUCCAAGGAGCAGCAAUGAUUGGUUCUGUCUGGCUGGGGUUGAUGAUAUUGAAGCUCAGGUUAUGCGCUAUUCUGGGCAUGGCAUGGAUUUAAAAAAAGCCCUAGUUGACUGCAGUGCUGAUCAUGCAAUAGUACUUCUGGCUCAUCAGCCACUGGCUGCAAAAUGGGCUCUCCAAGAUCGCCCAGACAUAAAUUUGAUCCUUUCUGGCCACACUCAUGGUGGGCAAAUAUUCCCUCUGAGUGCUGGUGCCUAUUUGCUGAAUCCCUUCUUUGUUGGCUUGUAUAAAGUUGGCCAGAGCACUUUCGUAUAUGUCAGCCCGGGGACUAUGUAUUAUGGAAUUCCAAUGAGGCUGGGCAGCAGAGCUGAAAUAACGGAGAUCAUCCUGCACUCUCCCUGAAUGGUCUGCCAACUUAAAAAUUCUGUGUCAUCUAUCAGCCAGUAUAACUGACGGUUUGAUUCAUAAGUCCCCAAGCCAAGUCCAUCCCUGAUGUAACUCCGGGGAAGUCAGUGAAGUUAGAGCAGUGAUGGACUUGGUUCUGUAAGUCUGAUGCUGAUCUUUGUGCAGAAAGCACUGUUUCUUCUGCCACAUAGUAGUAAGCUUAUCAAACACCCAUCACAGAUGAGUGGAAGCGAUGAAUAAAUCAAUCAGAUGAGUUAUUUGUGCUAUUGAUAUCUUGCAUUUUAAAGAGAUCACCAUGAGAUCAGUGUUUCGUUUUAAGUGUGCUUACUGUGUAUGUUUAAUAUCUGUAAUCUGUUAUUAGUUCACAUUCCAUUUUUCACUUGUUUAUUGGCAUCUGACGGAGUGCUGCCUAACUCAUGAUGUAGAGUUCACCCACUGGGAAGUGUGGUGAAACUGUGGAUGCAAAUUUUGCACAGUGCUCUACAAAGUCUUCAUUGAGGUUUAUCGAGUUGUCCUACAAUGGGAAGCGAACGGGGUAUUUUUAGGUGAUAACAAGGAUUCUGUUUAAAAUUUGUAUGGGGGGCCUGUAGGUGCUACUGCAAAAUGACCAGUAAAGUACAGUGCCUGUGCUAGGGUUGCCAGUUUUGGUUGGAUGUAUUCCUGGAGGUUUCAUCACAUGACCUAAUCUUUAAUUAAAGAUUAAUCUUUUAAUUCCUGCAGACUCCAGAAAAAUCCUGAAGGGUUGGCAACCUUAGGCCCUGUGCAUUUGCUCCUUUAAAAUCUAGAUAAAAACCUAAAUCAUAAGAAUUGGAGAGACUUUUAUAGUGGGGCCGGGUGGAAACAGCUUCCUUGUUUUGCCUAAAUGUAACCAGUCAUCUAGUGAGUAUCUAAUAAAGGUGUUAUAAAAGGGACAUUGUUAACUUAAAACUCCCACUUCAGUGUGAGCAUUCAGUACUUUACUGUUGGUAUGAGUAACACUUAUGCUAUGUCUACAGUAGCCCUUUUGUCUGUCAGGCGUGUAGAAAAAAAUACCCCCGACCAACAUAAAGUUCACCAACAGAAGCUCCAGUGUGGACAGCGCUUUGUUGAUGGGAGACACUCUCCUGCCGACGUAGCUAUCGCCGCUCGUUGGGGGUGGUUUAAUUAAGCUGACAGGAGAGCUCUUUCUUGUCAGCAUAAAGCAGCUACAUGGGAGACCUUACAGUGGCACAGCUGCAGAGGUACAGCUGUGCCACUGUAAGGUCUCUAAUGUAGACAAAACCUUAAAAUCUACAAUUGAAAGAAUUAGUGGGGGGAACGGGACUUUUUUUCCCCAGUUAUAUUAUUUGGGUAGGUUUAGUUAGUUUCUUUCCAUUGUAUAUAGUAAGUUUCUUCUUUCUGUUUUGGGUAGGUUUUUUUUUACCCAGCAGCUGGGGAGAGGGAGAACUUAAAAACAAAGCUGCUGUGACUCAAAGGAAAGGUACUUGAAACUUUGAACUUACUUUAACAUUAUCUAGAUUGUAAAUUAAUGUUUUCCCUUGACCAGAACUAGAUUAGAUAGCAAGUACAGUAGAACCUCAGAGUUAUGAAAACCUCGGGAAUGGAGGUUGUUCAAACUCUGAAAUGUUCGGAACUCUGAACAAAACGUUAUGGUUGUUCUUUCAAAAGUUUACAACUGAACAUUGACUUCAUACAACUUUUAAACUUUACUAUGUUGAAGAAAAAUGCUGCUUUUAUUCAUCUUAAUUUAAAUGAAACAAACACAGAAACCGUUUCCUUACAUUGUCAAAUCUUUUUUUAAACUUUCCCUUUAUUUAUUUUGUAGUUUACAUUUAACGCAGUAUGUAUGGUAUUUGCUUUUUAUUUUUAUGUUUUUGUCUCUGCUGCUGCCUGCUUGUGUACUUCUGGUUCCAAAAUGAGGUGUGUGGUUGACUGGUCAGUUCAUAACUUUGGUGUUUAUAACUCUGACGUUCUACUGUAACUUCUGUUUGUGUAUAGACUUCCUAGCGCCCUGACCUCUAAUUGUUCUGCUAUGAAAAAAAUGGCCUUUUUUUUUGUGUGUCUCUUUAAAGAGCACUGUCUAGCGUUUGAAUCCAUACUUCAGUCUGGUAUGUUUCUUAGUGCAAUUUAAUAUAGAUAAAAAAUUAAUAUUUGUUUGGUUUUUAAUAUAAAUAAAACCAGGUUGUUUUGGGUUCUCCUGCAUUUUUCUAGGGCAUGAGAAUCAAAAAUUGAAGUAGAAUUAAUUUGUAUUUACUGUCCAAGCUGACUGAAGUGCAAAAAUAAAAAGACUUUUUUCAGUGUUUUCCCAGGUGUACUAAUCUGAGAUGCUAUUAGUAAGUAUAGAUAAGGAAUUUUUAAUUUUUUUAAACCUGACAGUGUCCCUUUAAUUCUUUAAGCUGAUACAGGAUUCUCUCUCCUCAUAUAAACACUGUCCAGCUGUUUCUCUAUUCUGUUCCCACCCACCAAAACUGUGCACCCUCUUGUUCUUGAAAAUUGGCUCUGGGCAAACCAACAUCUUUAUUAAAUCGUUCUGUGCCUCUGUCUAACUCAGAUGGCCCUCAUUAUUGGGGUAUCUGAAACACCUCACAAUCUUCCUCACAUCAACCCUAUGAGAGUAGAGAAGUUCUAGCAGAUGAGGAACUGAGACAGAGGAAACUUGUGGCAGAGAUGGGGAAUUGAAUCCAAGUCCCAAGCUAACCCCCUAACCACUGGACCACUUCUCCCCAGUUUACCAAUGUCUAAAACAGUGAUAAUACACUGCACCUUCACAAAAUGCUUUGUAUUCAUAGAUACUAAGGUCAGAAGGGACCUUUAUGAUCAUCUAGUCUGACCUCCUGCACAACGCAGGCCACAGAAUUUCACCCACCCACUCCUGCGAAAGACCUGGAGCACCUUUCAUCUGAAGGAUCCCAAAACAUGUCUGGGGCUCAAGUUAUAUCAUACACUUUUUGUGUGUGUGCCUUAUGUUUCUCUGACUGCUCUUUCCCUGGCUGACUUAGUGUUGCUACUACCUGACCAACAUGAGUUGUGUAGAUAGCCCCCAAUGAUAGCCUCCAGCCCCUGUUGUGUCAGUGAAAGACCUGAGUUAAAAUCCAUAUCUCCCCCUUGGUAGUGCAAAGCAUUCUCUCUUGGCCACUUUUUUCUAAUCAUUAAAUUAUUUGAGGAUUAUUGCUAUGUUAUGCAGCUAAUUGUCUAGCUAAUUACCUCCCAUGGGAGGUGGGCACUGUGGUUGCUUCCAUGUUAGUUUCUCAAUGAGCACUGAAAUGUCAGUUUAUCUAGAUUCCUCUCUUGCCCUUCCCAAGAAAACACGUGUGUACAAAAAUCAGUAUGGAGAAUUGACUCCUACCACAAAUAAGCAGGUGAUUUUUAAAUUGUUCUGUGAAUAUUUUCACCAUUUUUUGAACAUUUUUCAUCUAUUUUUGUUGUUUUUAAUUGUAACUGUAUUUCUUUGGGGUUUAAUUAAACAUUUUUGUUGUUCUUGA